AUGACAAUACUGACAUAAGAAAAUAUAGAUUAAAAAUGUUGCUUUUGUGUGAAGCAUUGAUUUGAUAGAAUAAUAUUCUAGAAUCUAGAAAAUCUAGAAUUAAGUAAAAUAUUAUUAAGCAUAUUGCAGUAUAAUCGUGAUCGUGACUAUUAUAUAAAUACAAAAACAAAAAACAUGUCUAAUGUAUUUGGGUUAAUUGUAUCAGGACGCCUCGUGCAGACAGACUUUGCGCCACUGUCGGAGACUCAGUUUCUCAUCACAAUCACUGAAGCGGAUAAUAUUAACCAUGCGGUGGUCUUCCUAACGGGCGUCUCACCGCUACCGGCCGGUACCGUGGGCAUGGUGUAUUGGAGCUGGCCAGACCCAGCUGCACCCCCGAACUGGCAACUUCUAGGACAUAUUUCAAACACAAAACCCUCCGCUAUCUUUAAAAUAGGAACCUUGAAAAAGCUACAUGAAUUAUCAAGUGAAAAUAAAUUUAUAAGUGCGUUUGGUCAGCAACAGAUAUGUCAUAAUGCACAGAUUGGAAUAGCUAUAGAACCUGAAUCCAAUGUGCAACUACUUGCUUCCUCUGUAGCGCAACAACAGAAUAACUAUAUUACAUUUGCGCAAAAGAUGCUGGAACACCUGGUGAACUUCGUGGCUUCAUUCUCUGUGACACAGGAUCAGAUGACGCCGACUCCUGGCGUGUCAUACAUCCCCUUAAAUACUCUUCACACAUGGUACCAGAAUUUCGAGAGAAGACUGCAACAAAACCCUAACUUCUGGAAAAAUUGAAACAACCUCAGUAAUGUUCUGCCAGGGCAUGUCAUGUAAUGUUGCCAUACUAUUGUUGAUUGUUGUACAACAAUAUUCUACUUGAUAUUGCUACAAUGCGUGAAGCAUAAUAAUGAAAAUUAAUAUUAUAUUGAUUCGUUAAUAAUGAUACUUUAUUAUCCAAAAUGCCACAUGUGAAUAUGUGAUCUAUUCUGAAAUAUUCACAUUUGUUUGCAGAUAGCCAUUUAACUAUAAAAGUAAUAACACAAAGUGUGAUGAGUUAUAAUGAAAAAUGAAACCACGAAUAUCGUCCUUCCUUCAUUUUGAAGUCCGUAGAAAUCGCCUGCGGCGGUUGCCACAUAGCGUGUGUUGUGUACCAUCCUGUUCUAUGAACUACAACUUGCGGCAGUUUUAUUUUCGAUACAAUUUUGCGACACUUCACGAUUUUAAAAUCAGUCGUGGCCGGCAAGAGCACGUGUCGCUUAACACGUUGACUGUCCCGUCUAUUUUGGAUAAUCUCGUUGGUACGUCCAAUGGAAUUAAAAUAUUCUACUGAUAAAAAAAGUAUAAAAUUUCGAUGGAACAUUUAAGUCUUAUUUUUUCAAGUCUGUGUUCAUACGUCCCUAGAAAAUUCAAAGUUCUAGCUCACACGUCCCAGUGCAGUAAAAGCAGUUCAGUUGCCACUGACUAAUGCAUUAUAUAUAAUGCACGGACGUCACAGCCAGAUCAUAUCAUGCAUUACAUGUAAUGCACGGACAGUCAACGUGUUAAAUUCAGUUUGUUUCACAAAAUUCGCGUUUAUAACUGUCGCGGUUUCGAGUUAGUGCAACCUAAAAAUGAGGGUAUAAUAGCAAACAUUAAUUCGACUUCAAUUUAGAAAAAUACCUCGUUAUUGUCGGUGGCAAAUUGGAAUAGUGAACUGUUAGUUCAAGAUAAAAUGAAAUUCGAAACUUUCCAGCAAAUACAAUAUUUAUAUUCAGUCAUCAACCAAUUUUUCUAUUAACAAUUUCCCGCCAUUUUUUAAAUAUCCCAUUUGACGUUCCAUUUUUCAAGCAAUUAUUUUUAAAAUAAUUUAUAUAAUUUAUGGAAUUAUAAAGGAAGUUUAAUAUACCUAUUUAUUAUUAUUUUCUCCCAUGAGUAAUACUUAAUAAUUUAAUAAUAUUUGGCUAGAUCCGUCUGGUGUUACUAGUGGUUGUUAACAGAACAUUUCGUGCAUUACACACUCGUGCACCUGCAGUGCCACGUUAUUGAGGUUUCAUUUUUCGUUAUCAUAAUUACAUUCAAUAAUUUACAUGACUUCAGUUGUGGGCAUGAUGGACAUUUAUGAGCUUAUUGUAAUAAAAAUAACCCAUCUACUACAUAAUGCUUCUGGCAAUACAAGAGUUUGGUUUGCAAAUGCUUGUUUCCCAUGGAAACUGUAACCUUUCUGUAUUCUUUAUUUAUACACAUUUGUAAUGAGUUGCAUUCACGACUCAAAGUUCCUGAAAGUAACAGCAAUAAAAAUCCUGUCUGUGUAAUUGAGAAAGACUGCUGAAAAUGCUAAAGAUUAACAUUUUACAUUAAACAUUUUGAAAUCA